UAUGAAAAACCUGCUAAGGGAUGUUAUAAAAUCGGACGAAAUUACAUCCGAUAGAGAAACAAAAGUAUCAAAUUGUAGGCGAAAAGCUGGAGAUAAAUCAUCUCAACUUUGUAUGAAUCUUAUCCACUUUGUUGGGUUAGAUGUACCUUUGGAAAAGUUAUUGAAUGAUGCGUACGUUGUUAACUAUGAUAAGGAAAUUAUAACUUGCGGAACGAAUUACGCCUAUCCGCAGCUGUACGUUUUAGACAAGGAGAAUUUGAGAAUAAAAACAAAUUUAAAUAGAAAAUUACCAGUUGGUUACGUAUUCUGUUCUGGUCUUCCAAAUUGGAAUAUGACGGUCCUACUUAGCGAUAAGAAGACGCCUGGAAAUCGCUUAGCAGUAUUUCGGGCUGGUUCAAUGCUGGAGCAUGAAAGUUUUAGAGUGUAUAACGUUCUUUGGAGAUAUCAAUUCGAUCAUAGAAGAAAUCGAGUUGUCGGAUUAAAUUUAAAAUUAGACAAUAAUCACCUUAUCUAUCCGUCAGGUUAG